AUGGCGGGGCCCGGAGCGGCCGCGGCCGCCGCGCUGCUCCCGGCCGUGGUGCUCGCGGCUCUGGCACCCUGGGCCGGCCGAUCGGGGGGCGCAGACGCCGCGCCCGCCGCCCCCAACGGCACCCUGGACGCCGAGCUGGAGCGCCGCUGGGAGAGCCUGGUGGCACGCUCCCUAGCUAGGCUCCCCGCGGCCGCCUCGCAGCCCCAGGAGGCGGCCGUGCAGAGCGGAGCCGGAGACUACCUUCUGGGCAUCAAGCGGCUCCGGCGUCUCUACUGCAACGUGGGCAUCGGCUUCCAUCUCCAGGUGCUGCCCGACGGGCGCAUCGGCGGAGUACACGCAGACACGAGCGACAGCCUCCUGGAAUUGUCACCUGUGGAGCGGGGAGUUGUCAGUAUCUACGGGGUGUUUAGCCGGUUCUUCGUGGCCAUGAACAGCCGCGGAAAGCUCUACGGUUCGCCCUUCUUCACCAACGAGUGCAAGUUCAAGGAGAUUUUGCUCCCCAACAACUACAACGCCUACGAAUGUUACCAGCACCCCGGAAUGUUCAUCGCACUCAGCAAGAACGGGAAGACGAAAAAGGGGAACCGGGUAUCCCCCACCAUGAAGGUCACCCACUUCCUCCCCAGGCUUUGA